AUGCAAGCAACCUGGAAAAUAUUUUCUAAUUCAUGUUCUACAUUGCUGCUGCAAUUCCUUGGUUAUAUUGUAGAUAAAAAAAAGAAAAAAUUGAAGAAAUUAUCAAAUGAUGAAUUAUUUUAUGACCCAAAUAUCGAUGACGAUAACGAAUUGUGGGUGAAAUCUCGGAAGGAAACACCAAAUCUUCAAGUAAACAAUAAUUACUCAAAAAGGAUAUCUCAAAAUCAAAAUAGUGAUAUGGUACUAAGCUGUCCAUCUUGCAUGUCCAUUUUGACAAGGGAUUGCCAGAGACAUGAUACAUACAAGGAUCAAUUUCGAGCAAUGUUUGUUUCGAAUUGCAAUGUUCUUACAGAACAAACGUUACGAUAUGCUAAUAAAAAGCAGAGCCGUCGUAGAAAGAAGAAAAGAAAUGUCAAUUUGGAUAAUACAGAAACAAAUGAGGGGAAUCCUUGCUCAACAACGCUCGGAGAGAAUGAUGCAAUAUAUCAUCCUGUGCAGUGUGCUGUUUGUUUUACGGAAGUUGCAGUUUAUGAUAAAGAAGAAGUUUAUCAUUUCUUUCAUGUCAUUGAAGGCAUUUCUUAG